UAUAGUACUACUAACCACUCAUUUUGCAUCUUUUUUCUAUCAUUUCAUAUAUUCUCUCUACAAUGGACGACCAACAAUCCCCUCAUCCAUGGAAAACCAACAAUCCCUCCUUCAACAAACAACCAUUAUGUUCAUCAUGCAUCACACAAUUCUGGUACUAUCAACAUCCUCGUUCGUUUCCUCUCAGUCUUCUUCAUCGGACUUCUCGCAUUAUAUAUAUAUGCCAACCGCGAAGCAUCCAAAGGCUUCGACAUAACCAUCAUAAACGACAUCAAAGACUCUGUUGCCGGCCGCCGCUUCCACCUCUUCUACGUCUCCAACGACAAAGCCACCCGCAUUAUCCUCGACACCAGUAAUUUCGUCGAACACCUUCUUUACCCUGAAGCACAUGCACAACCCAAGAAGCGCAUAAACCAUGUCGUUUUGAGGCUUUCCAGCCUGAACUCAACUUCCGACAACAUAGGGGUUGUCGUUCACCACUCACCCAACAAUGAAAAUGACCAUUUUGUCCUUGACAAAAUCCCUUCAAUCAUGGAUGACCAGCCCAAUGCCCACGGUGCAUUGGUCACUGCCAUCCUACGUGGCAUGCCACAUGUAUGGCUCUGGGACGGUGGGGCCCUGGAGCUUAUAGAUGGCAUGGUGGAGUACACAAGAAUGGUGGCUGAGCAAGGCUUAUUUGGUGAGACGAAAAGCCACGGCAUGAGCACCAAAUUGCCGGGGUGUGACAAUUUUUGGUGGAAGGACAAGGACCCUCGAGUGGUGGCACAAAUGUUGAACUAUUAUGAGGGGCAUAGCAAGGGGUUCAUCCAACGGCUGACUGGAGCCAUGAGAGAGAAGUGGCAUGAUCGGAUGGGGGAUGAUGAUGCAUUGGGCAUGCCAUAGCAAAAAUUUGUGUGGAACCUA